GCCGCGGCGAUGCCGGCCGCCCAGCCGGCCGUGCCCUCGCCGUCGAGGCCACGGCAGCAGGCGCCGCGCCGUUCCUCGCAGGCCCCGGACCUCGACGCGCUCAGCCUGGCCGCGCAGGUGGCCGUGACGGGGCUGGCCCCGCUGGAGGGCGAGCUGGGGCAGGAGGAACUGGAGCAGAUCUCGCCAGAGCACCUCCACGAGCGCCUUCGUACCUGCGACGAGAUGUGCGAAGAAGCCAUGGGCCAGCUGCGCGACGGGUCACCUCAGGAGGCGCACCGGCGGCUCACGACGGUCCACAACAUCCUGGAGGCGCUGGACAG